CAUACAACCGUGUGUCAGCAGCAUAACACUGGUGCAUGUGCCUGCAUGUGUGUGUCUUCGUAAGUGCUGGCUGGUUAUGUUGACAAUGAACAGACAUCGUGGUUGGGAUAUUGAUACAGCGUGACCAGCUGUCUGGUUGUCAAGUAACUGGUCUCACGUUACACACCUUCCAGUCUCACUGAUUUAGGAUGCAUGAUGUCACACACACACUUAGUCACACACACUGUUGCUCACACUCCUCUCUGCAUCACAGCUCACCAGACUGUACUGUUCCUCAAGGACACAGCUUGGAGGCUGCUUUAACUGGUAUUUUGAUGUGUCAUUUGCCAGCUUGUAGGUUUAAUACAUGUUAGAUACCUUUGUAGAGUUUGUGCUAUAUUGUGCUGUAUAGAACGUUUGAGGACUCCGGAGUGUUCUAGAUAAUAUAGGCUGCAGUGUUGAAAGUUUUCAUGUUUUAGAAAGGUAAAAUUUUUUGUUAGAAUUCACAUUUCUCUAUAUUGUGAGUACAGUGUGGUUAUAAGGAUGAGGUGCGUCACAGUUGUGUUGUGUUGCACUGUGCUGCUAGUGCAGCUGAUGACGACCAGCUCACAAACUGCAGAUGAUUCAGCCAUUGGCGACUGUUCUCAGCUGGAUUCAUGUGAUCAAUGCACCAGUGGAGACCCUGCCCUCAAUCUGACACGCUGUAUUUGGAGAAGCUGUGACAAAGAUAAUAACACAAGAUGCAUAUCUGACACAGAAGACCCUGGAGAAUGCGCUGUGUACAAUGACACAAGCUCCUGCCCAGUUAGUGCGAGCUUUGAUGACAGUGGGUCAGACGACUCUUCUUCAGACUCGCCACAAGAGUUAUCUCAGGCAUCGUUUGACCUGUCCAGCUUCAUAGGUGGGAUCAUACUUGUGCUGUCACUCCAAGCAGGGGCCUUCUUUGCUCUGCGCUUCCUCAAGACAAAAGACAGCUCCUAUGAGACCAUUGACCAACCCCAGUGAGGAGGACAAACAGCAAGGAAAUGCAAAAUAAGAGAAAACAAAUAUGGAAGAACGGAACAGCAAGAAACGAGAAGAGCAGAAGAGGCACCUGAGGAAUCAGGGGCAAAAGUUGACAGAGCAAAGUGUGAUGCGCUUUUUAAGGCUCUCACUUAUUUGUUUGGGUUUUUUGUUUGUUUGUUUGUUUGUUUUUGUAUUUCCAUAUGUUUGCAGAAGUACUUGUUUGGAAACCCUUACUGAUCAGAUCAUUAUUUUACGUCUUCUAUCAUGGUUCUCUGGUCUGUUUUAACUGGUUUGUCAACUUUUUUUUUUGAGUGAUUUUUUUUUUUUCAGUUCUGUUUAUUGGUUUUAAGAUAGAUAAUUAAAAAAAAUCAGUAAAUCAUCAAUACUAUAUUGUAUAAUAAUAAAUAUAUACAUAAUAAAUUAAUAAUAGUUGGGUGUGAUGUUUCAUAGAAAUGUGGUUUAAUUGCCUAUAAAAGUAUAAAUCUUUCAUUUACUGGUACACUCUUUUUAUUUAAAUUAUUUUGUAAGUUACUCAGAGGUAAUUUUAUUCCUUAUUAUUUAUUUAUCCAACAAUACAUUGUUGCUUUUAAUUAAGUAGUUUACCUUACGGUGUGAGUACACAAUCUGACCUGUAGGGAGCAAUAUAGUAGCACGCAUGAGUUCACCAUUCCUGACUGUCACUACCCUGAUCCGUGUCUCCUGCCCGAGUUACACCUCUGCACAUCUGUACCGCGCAUGCGUGUCAUCUCACAGCACUCUGUGACAUUUAAUUAUAGUAACUCUGUUAGGAGUAGCAUCAAAUAGGCUACAUCAGAUGCUCUUUCAGUAACC